AUGCGGCACAGCACCGCGGAAAAGACGCAGAACGCGAGCAGCAGGCACGGCAUCCGCUUCUGGGGCACCUUUGUUGCGCUGUGCUGCCUUUCCUUCAUCUCGGCCCUCGACGUGGCCAUUGUCACCACGGCGCUGCCGACGGUGACCGAAGCCGUUGGAGGCGCGGGGCAGUAUGUGUGGAUCGCCAACAGCUUCGUGGUCGCGUCGUGCGUCUUGCAGCCGCUGUUUGGCCAGCUGUCCAAUGUAUUUGGUCGGCGCCGGCCCCUCAUUGCAUCCGUCGUCCUUUUCACCGUCGGCAGCGGCCUCGCCGGCGGUGCCGAAAAUGCCGCUAUGCUGAUCGCGGGACGGGCUAUCCAGGGCGCUGGGGGUGGGGGCAUUGUGGUCUUGCUGGAUAUCGUAUGCUGCGACCUGGUGCCGCUGCGGGAGAGAGGCAAAUACCUCGGGCUGAUGUUUUCGUGGUCCGGUGUCGGUGCUGCCUUGGGGCCUCCAGUUGGUGGCGCGCUGGCCCAGGCCAACUGGCGCUGGAUGUUCUACAUGAACAUUCCCAUCUGCGGCGUCGCCCUCGCCUGCCUGCUGCUCUUCAUGCGCGUCAAGACGGGCACGGCGGCCGCGGAGCACCGGGGCCUCGGGGCCAAGCUCCGCCGGCUCGACAUCCUCGGCAACCUGAUCUUCACCGCGAGCAUGAUCGCGCUGCUGAUCGGCCUUGUCGAGGGCGGCACCGACGAGCAGCACAUGUGGUCCUCGUUCCGCAUUAUCGUGCCCAUCGUGCUCGGCGUCGCAGGCUGGACCGCCUUCCACGCCCACCAGGCCGUCCUGGCCCCGUUCCCGAGCGUCCCGCCGCGGCUGUUUGCCAACCGCACGUCGGCUACCGCCUACGCGCUGACCUUCACCUCGUCCGUCGUGCUCCAGGCCACGGCCUACUUUUUUCCCGUGUUCCUCCAGGCCGUGCAGGGCACGACCGUCCUGGAGUCCGGCACCGACUUCCUCCCCUUUGCGCUGUCGUCGCUCGUCUUCGCCGUCGCGGCCGGCAUCCUGCUCAGCACCUUUGGCGCCUACCGCCCGCUGCACGCCGCCGCCUUUGCCCUCUCGAGCCUCGCCUUUGGCCUGUUCACGCUGCUGGACGGCUCGACGCCCAAGGUGGCGUGGGUCUGGUUCCAGCUGAUCGCCGCGGCCGGUUCGGGCCUGGUCAUGUCGACGCUCCUGCCGGCCAUCAUGGCGUCCCUGCCCGAGAGCGACGUGGCGUCGGCGUCGGCGACCUACAGCUUCUGCAGGACGUUUGGUUAUGUCUGGGGCGUGACCCUCCCCGGCAUCAUCUUCAACGCGGCCGUGGGCAGCAACCUAGAGAGCGUCUCCGACCCGGCGGUCCGGGCCGAGCUGGCCGAUGGCGCAGCCUACUCGUUUGCGAGCGUGGUGCACGGAUUGCGGGCGGAUGGGAAGCUGGACCCAGGCACGUUCCAGCAGCUGACGGAUGUCUACUCCAGGAGCCUGCGCGUCAUCUGGUGGCUGUGUCUGGGCAUCAGCCUGGCUAGCUUGUUGGCCGUCCCGCUCGAGAGGGCCUUGGAGCUGCGCAAGGAGCUGGAGACGGAGUACGGCAUGGAUGACGACUCGGCUGGCCAAGGGUAG